UGAGGAAACGGUUAACAGACUUCGAGCCCUUCUUUGUACAGAGACAUAUUUGCCCUGCCAACAUCACAUUUCCUUCUCUCUCUCUCUCUGUGAAACCCUAAGAUUCGCGCCAUGGAAUCGAACCCUCCUCGUCGCAUAAACGUUCACCAGGCUCUCGGCGGUGGCUCAGUUGCUGAUGUGCUGCUGUGGAAGAAUUGGUAUGGAGGGGUUGUGGGGCUGAUCUCUACCACGACCUUGUGGUGCCUCUUCCAAGUGGCGGGAUAUAAUCCUCUAUCAUUUGUGGCAAAUGUUCUAUUGCUCCUUGUUGUCAUUCUCUUUUUCUGGGCAAAAUCUGCUUCUCUUCUCAAUAGGCCUCUGCCUCCCAUUCCUGACUUGGAAAUUUCUGAGGAGUUUGUUGCGAAGGCUGCUGGUGCGAUGCAAGUGUGGAUCAAUCCUGCAUUGUCAAUCGCACGGGACAUUGCGGUUGGGCGGAAUUUAAAACUUUUCCUUAAGGUUGCUAUUGGCUUGUGGAUAGCAUCUUUUAUUGGCGGUCUCUUCAACUUCAUUACUCUGGUCUUUAUUGGGGUUCUUCUUAGUCUUUCAGUUCCUGUGGUUUAUGACAAGUUCCAGGACCAUAUUAAUGAGCAGCUGUGUGUAGUGCUUGGAAUCUUACAGAUGCAGUAUAGGAAAAUUGAUGAUAACCUUCUAAAAAAGAUUCCAAUAUCUUUAAACAAGGAAAAGAAGACACAGUAGGAUAUCGGGUAGUUUGGCAAAGUUUGAUUAGGAGGUUAGAGAUGGGUUUUCAAUACAUGAAGUCUUUUAGAUUUCUGUUUGCCGGGAUGCUGUUAGGUCAUAUUAAGUGCCAGUUAGCAUGAUUCAAAAAACAAAAGCAAUCUCCCACCAUUCAGGAGCAGGUCUGACAAUACCACAUUUUCGAGUGUUCAAUUUUUCAUUUUUUGGUUUUCUCUGUUUUUCUUUUCUUCUCCUGGGGAGACAGUUGAUAAUUUUUGGACUACUGUUCCUUGACCCUUCUGGUUAUCUUUCUGUGUUCAUCUGCUGUAGAUGACAUAUUGCACUAUUGUGAGGGUAAAACUUCCGCUUGGUAAUGAAAUCUAGAAUUUUCAAACUUCCUAGCAUCCUUGGUGCAGUACUUCUCCCUAUAGUUGUGAUGACAAUGAAAUCAUUUUAUUUGUAUUUGUCCCUGUGGAACCAUAGAAGUCUCCGUGGUGGAGAUAUGAAGGAUCAAAUAGGGUUGUACAAUUUUGCAGAGUAUUCCUCAUAGUGGUCAAGUGCCUUCAUAGUAACCAGCUCGAGCAAAAGAAUAAUCAAAAACUAAAUUGCUGUUGGAAAAGUGGGGCCAACAUUAGAAGAUAGUCAGAAGAAAGUUUUUGAGUAAAUUACAUAGUAGCUAAAUUGCUUUGUUUCUAAGCCAAGACUUUCGCUUAUAUGUCCAAUGUAACAAACAAUCACCUUUACCUAAACUUAGCUAACUAGUUGAAAUUCUUGUUAUGCUCGUAAUAUUGUCUAGAAUGUAUCUACAUCCUUACGAAGCCCAUUAAUGCAAUAAAUUGCAUGCACAAUCUAUUUUUAUUCAUUAUUUUUUCUUGAUU